CCAUUUCGAUCCAUUUUCUCAUCUUCCUCACGUCUCCAAACAUUAUAUUAACUUGCGCUCCUUCUUUAUUUAAUUUUUUCCCUGACUCAAAACCUAGCUUAGCUUUAAUUUGACCUCAUCCAACAACAUAACUAAUUAAGCCAUGGGAAGAACACCUUGCUGUGAGAAGAAUGGGCUGAAGAAAGGGCCAUGGACGCCAGAGGAGGAUCAGAAGCUCGUUGAUUACAUUCACAAACAUGGCUACGGCAAUUGGAGAACACUCCCUAAGAAUGCCGGGUUGCAAAGAUGCGGAAAGAGUUGCCGUCUGCGGUGGACAAACUAUCUCCGGCCAGAUAUAAAGCGAGGUCGAUUCUCCUUGGAAGAGGAGGAGACCAUAAUACACCUUCACAGCAUUCUUGGAAACAAGUGGUCUGCAAUAGCGUCGCGGCUGCCGGGGAGGACAGACAACGAAAUAAAGAAUUAUUGGAAUACACACAUUAGGAAGAGGCUACUGAGGAUGGGAAUCGAUCCUGUGACACACAGUCCACGCCUAGACCUUCUUGAUCUCUCAUCUCUCUUUGGUUCAUCAAUAUCACACAUCAACAAUAACAUGCAACACCAUCUUAACCCUGAGCUUCUCAAAUUGGCCACGUCACUCUUCUCUCAUAAUAAUAAUAAUAAUAAUAAUAAUAAUUCUCUUGACAACAGCCACAACCAAAUCAUCAGUAGUGAUGUUUCCUUGUCUUUCCCUCAAGCAAACUUUCUAGAAUCCAAUAAUAAUGUCGACUCACCAUACCCAUCAAAUCUACUGCACCAUGACCUAAUGAAUACUAGUGAUUAUUGGCACGCCGAUAAUAAUAAUAAUAUUGGAAUUGCUUCAACUUCUAGCCCUUGUUAUGUCACUGACCAAUUACCAACAAGUUAUUAUUAUAACAAUAAUAGUAACAACUACUACUCUCAUCAUGCAAGUCUUGUGGACCCACCUAUGUCUGAAACGUCAACCUUUCAUUCCAAUAAUAGCAGCAGUAAUACUUAUGUCAAUGGAAACAACAGUAGCACCGAGGAUGAGAGAGAAAGCUAUGUCAGCACCAAUAACAGCGUCUUGAGAUUUGAAAUCCCAGAUAUGUUGGAUGUCAAUGCAUUCGUGUAAUCAAGUAUCCACCAAAAAAUAGCUUCAUUGUUAUAAUUAUAUUUCCACGAAUUGUUUUUUGCAUAACUGUGGAUCAACGGUACGGUGUUGAUAGCCUGUAAAAUAUUUUCUUCAUGGAUAUUUAAUGCUACUCAUCAUAGUUUAUUUAGUCUUGUAAA